ACAGCAAACUUGCAGAAAUUAUUCUGUUUACAAAUAAUAGCGAUUCCAUUUACUAGGUGGAUCGAAAUUGUAUGAAGUCAAAGAUGAAAUUUGUAUUUGUGUUCUCUGCUGUUAUUCUUUGUCUAGUGUAUUUUGCGUCUCGUAGUCAACCUGUUUUAGCAGCCAAAGGCCCUAAAGUAACGGACAAGGUGUUCUUUGAUAUAACAAUUGGUGGUGAAAAAACUGGAAGAAUUGUUAUUGGUUUAUUCGGUGGUACUGUACCAAAGACUGUAGAGAAUUUCAAGGCUUUAGCAACACAUGAGAAAGGAUUUGGGUAUAAAGGAAGUAAAUUUCAUCGUGUGAUUAAAGAUUUUAUGAUUCAAGGUGGUGAUUUUACUAGAGGUGAUGGAACUGGUGGUAAGAGUAUUUACGGAGAAAAGUUUGCCGACGAAAACUUUAAGAUUCAGCAUUAUGGUGCAGGAUGGUUAAGUAUGGCGAAUGCUGGUAAAGAUACAAACGGUUCACAAUUCUUCAUUACAACUGUCAAGACGUCUUGGCUUGAUGGUCGUCAUGUUGUGUUUGGUAAAGUAUUGGAAGGAAUGGAUGUCGUCAGGAAAAUUGAAAAUGUUCAAGUUGACCAAAGUAAACCUGUUAAGGACUGUGUUAUUGAAGACAGUGGAGUGAUUACAGUGGAAGAACCUUUUAAUGUUGACAAAAGUCCUUCUGAAGAGUGAUUUAUACAUUAUCUAUUUUCUAUUCACCUCUAUAGAUAGAUAUGAACAAUUCAAUGUUCAUUUUUUUUCUUUCUAUAAAUUCAAUAAACUGAUACGUACUCACUA